AUGGCCAAGGGUGGUAAUGGUUCUGACAGGGGUCAAAGAGCCUCGGGCAUAGGUACGAUUCAGACUGAGUACUAUUUUGUGAAUUUGGGUAUAUCUGCUGAGAGUACUGCUCGAAAGAUUUCUAUGAUUAGUCCCCUCGAGGUUAAUCUUAUUCGAAGAAUGGAUUGGCUCGUGGAACAUCGAUUCAGUCUGGAUUGUGCCUCUAAAAGGGUAACUCAAAGAUAUGAUAAUGAUACUGAGAUUGUUAUGAUUGACGAGCAUCGAGAUUACCUCUGUAAUGUAAUCUCCAUUAUGGUACUCGAAAAGUUAGCUUGGAAAGCUUGUGAGGCAUAUUUGGCAUUUUUGUCUGACUCCGGUCCUUCAAAACCUUCUAUUAAAGAUAUUCAGACAGUAAGAGAUUUUUCAGAUGUCUUCCCUGAAAAGUUACCGAGGAUACCUCCGGAUAGGGAGGUUAAGUUUGGUAUUGAACUUCUUCCAUGUACUACUCCUGUGUCUAUUGCUCCUUAUCGCAUGGCACCAAAAGAGUUAAUGGAAUUAAAGGCUUAUCUUUAA